UAUUUCAAUAUAAAAACUAAAUAAACAUUGGGCCGUUAUUGUAUUGAAGCUUUGUGUGGAGAGCAGCGCGGUGCAGAGCCUUGCCGAGGAAAAACAACAAACCUACAUUUCCCUCUUUUUUUACACGGUUUUUCAAGCGCCAAGAUGCCCAAAAGAAAGGCUGACGGAGAGAAGGCUGCCAAAGGCAAGGAGGAGCCAACUAGACGCUCCGCAAGGCUGUCUGCUAGACCAGCCCCUCCUAAACCCGCCCCAAAGCCGAAAAAAGCUGCCCCCAAGAAGGCAGCCAAAGGGAAGAAGGCCAACCCUGCUGAAAAUGGAGACGCCAAGGCAGACCAGGCGCAAAAGGUUGAAGCUGCAGCAGACGCCAAAUGAGAAGCGAUUGAAUUGUUUAAUUCUUCUGUGUACUUGGUGACUGUACAGUUUGAAAUAACUAUUUUUUACCAAGUUUUAUAUUAAGAAUAUCGUUUAUAGUUUAAUUGUUGUUUGCUUUCAUAUCCAUUUAUGCCCCAUCAUUAAUGAAGCCGCCCACCUUGCCAAAAUGGCUGAAUUGGUUUUUACACCCAUGAAUGUUUUGGUAUUUUAUUACAUUUUGGGUUUUUAAAAUAUAUUUUAAACACCAAACAUUCUCAUAAGGCAGCUAUAGUGUGUUUUUAAAAUGGUAUGGGAAAGAGUUUUUUCCAUUUUUUUUUCUUUUUUAAUUUUCAUUUUCCUUUUUUAUUUGUGUACUUAACAAUACUGUAUUUUACUUUUUUUCAUUAUGUUCUUAUUAACACAGUUAAAAACAAAAUGACUAAAUUGUGAGUAGGAAAAUCAACCAUGAUUAAUUAAAUUUGCAGGAUGAAAUUAACGAGUUUCUUCAAACUGUUAAAAUGUCGUUUUUAUUAAGUUAUACGCUCCAAUAUUGGAAGGAUGUUUUGUGACUCCUAAAAUUACUUGUUCUGAAUGGUUUUGAAUAAAAUAAAAAUUUCAAAAGAA